AUUCCCGCCAUUUUGAGUCUUCGUGUGUUCGAACAUUUGUGCUACUUUCCUCCAUUAGGAAAGCAUGGCAGCAUCAAAAAUUUCUCUCGACAAAGACGCCUUUUUUCGGCGAAUCAAAAGGAUUUACGACGCCUGGAAGAAGGAAGACAGCACGGAAGAUAAUGGGGCUGCUUUUCCAAGUGUCGACACAGUGGUGAUUGCAGUCGGGCAGGACGAAGACGUCAUUUACAGUAAAUCGACAGCAAUACAGCAAUGGUUGUUUGGUUAUGAACUGGCUGAUACUGUAACAGUGCUGUGUGAGGGAUCAGUUCACUUUCUUGCCAGUAAAAAGAAAUAUGAUUUUCUGAAACCAUUACAAGAUAUGCAAGUGAAAUCCAACACUUCACCAUCAAUACAACUUCACUUGAGAAACAAGACUGACCAAGACAAGGAGAAUUUCCAAAAACUGAUUAACUCUAUGAGAGAAAGUAAAUCUGGAAAGACUGUGGGUGUUUUUCAAAAAGAUAAUUUUCAGGGACAAUUUGUUGAUGAGUGGAAAAAUGCAUUUGAAAAGGAGUCCUUUGAAAAGGUUGACAUUAGCAGUGCAGUGGCGUAUGUGAUGUCAGUCAGAGAGGACCAAGAGCUCACUCAUGUCAAGAAAGCUGCACAAGUUUCCUCAGAUAUUUUUGUCAAAUACUUCAAGAAACAAGUCAUGGAAAUUGUAGAUGAUGAAAAGAGGGUGAAACAUUCAAAAAUUGCAGAUGGAAUAGAAGGAGCUUUGGAAUCAAAGAAAUUUUUGCAACCUGGAAUGGAUUCUGAACAAGUUGAGAUGUGUUACUCUCCCAUUAUUCAGAGUGGGGGAAAAUUCACACUUAAGUUCAGUACAGUAAGUAAUGAUGAAAAGCUUCACUAUGGUACAAUAAUCUGCUCCCUUGGUGUUCGAUACAAGUUCUACUGUUCCAACAUUGUUCGCACAAUGUUAUAUGAGCCAUCGCAGGAGCAACAAGAAAACUAUGAUCUGCUUCUGACAACUGUGGAUGUUAUUAUGGACAAGUUGAGACAUGGAGUGAAACUUUGUGAUGUUUACAAUGCCGCCCUUGAACAUGUUACAGAAAAGAAACCUGAUUUUCAGGCUAAUUUUGUGAAAAAUGUUGGGUUUGGGAUGGGAAUUGAAUUUAGGGAAGGUUCUUUACUCAUAACUUCUAAAAACAAUCAUGUGGCAAAGAAAGGGAUGGUUUUCAAUAUAAAUGCAGGUUUCUCAGGCCUGGUUAAUGAUAAUGCAGAGGACAGUGAGGGUAAAAACUAUGCCCUUUUUAUUGGAGAUACUGUGUUAGUUAAUGAGGACUCUCCAGCCUCUAUAUUAACAUCAGCCAAGAAAAAGAUCUCUAAUAUUGGCAUCUUUCUCAAGGAUGAGGAAGAUGAAGGACAAGAUCAGCAAGAAAAUGGAGAGGCUGAAGAGGAUCUUCUUUUGGGUCGAGAGGGGAAAGGGGCAUUACUUGAAAGCAGAACAAGAUAUUCUGAGCUGAGAACUUCAGGGACCACUACUGAAAUGACAGCAGAGGAAAGACGAAAAAAACAUCAACUUGAACUAAAGGAGCAGUUGCACGAAGAAGCAAAGAGACGUCUUCUCGAGUCCAAAGGGGAUACAGAUGCGACUACUAAGUUGAAACCAUCCAAUGUAGCCUACAAACAUCCUACAAUUGUUCCGAGAGAUAAUGAUGUCAGAGAACACAAGAUUUUUGUUGACAAAAAAUACGAGGCAGUUGUUUUACCGCUAUUUGGGGUAGCUACACCGUUUCACAUAUCUACCAUCAAGAACAUCAGUUCCAGCGAUGAGGGCGGUUAUACCUACCUUCGAAUUAAUCUGUUUUGUCCUGGAAGUGCUGUCGGUCGUUCUGAAGGAAGUCUGUUCGCUCAACCCGAGGCUACAUUUGUUAAAGAAGUAAAUUACCGAAGCUCGAACAGCAGACCUCAUGGCGCAUCUCAGCCACCGGCGUCCAAUCUGAACACAGCGUUUCGUCUGAUAAAAGAAGUGCAGAAAAAAUUCAAAACACGGGAGGCUGAAGAGAAAGAGAGACAGGGCGUGGUCCAACAGGGAAACCUUAUACUAAACCCUAACAAAGGCAAUCCAAAAUUGAAAGAUUUGUACAUAAGACCAAGUAUAACUCAAAGAAGAUCACCGGGCACUUUGGAAGCGCAUACGAACGGUUUUAGGUUUGGAAUGUAUCGCGGAGAACACGUCGACAUUUUGUAUGGAAAUGUAAAACAUGCGUUUUUCCAGCCCUGCGAUGGAGAAAUGAUCAUUCUACUUCAUUUUCACUUAAAGCAUCCUAUAAUCAUUGGCAAAAAGAAAUACAGAGACAUACAGUUCUACACUGAAGUCGGUGAAAUCACAACAGACUUAGGAAAACACCAACACAUGCAUGACAGGGACGAUCUUCAAGCAGAGCAGGCCGAAAGAGAGUUAAGGCAAAGGUUAAAAUCAGUGUUCAAGAAUUUUAUUGACAAAGUAGAAGGAAUAACUCACGGGCAAGUGGAGUUUGAUGUUCCAUUCAGAGACCUCGGGUUUAUGGGUGUACCAUCUCGGAGCACAGUAUUACUCCAACCCACAACACAUUGUUUAGUUAACAUUACCGAGCAGCCAACGUUCAUUAUCACUUUGGAUGAAGUAGAACUUGUUCACUUCGAGCGAGUGCAGUUUCAUCUGAAGAAUUUUGACAUGGUAUUUGUGUUCAAAGACUACAAACGUAAAGUGGAACACGUAAAUGCUAUACCAAUGACGUCACUGGAUUCUGUCAAAGACUGGCUGAAUUCAUGUGACAUUAAGUACACUGAAGGAAUCCAGAGUUUAAACUGGGCAAAGAUUAUGAAAACCAUCAACGAUGAUCCUGAAGCGUUUAUCGACAAUGGUGGCUGGAGUUUCUUGGAUCCUGAAAGCAGUGGUGAGGAAGGAGAAGGCAGCGAGGAGGAAGCGGAAAGUGAGUACGCUCCGACAGAAUCAGAGGAAGAGGAGUCAUCGUCACAAGAAGAGUAUUCUUCUGAAACAGAGACGAGCGAAGACGGCUCAGAAUUCGAAGAAGAGAUGGGCAGCGAAGAGGAAAGCGGAAAAGACUGGUCUGAACUUGAAGAAGAAGCGGCCAAAGCCGACCGUGAUAGGGGCCAAGAAGAAACUCCAUCAAAGAAGAGGAAAAAACCUAGUAGCAAACACGAAUCUCCACGCAAGAAAAAACGGAAGAGUUAAACAUUCUAAUGUUGAGUAAAUUUAAACAAGAGUUUGUUAGAAACGGGACAUCAUUUGCUGUCUUUCCAACGUUAUAACUGAAGAUGUCGUCUGCCGAAAGCUGCGGUAGGAAAGGAGAGCGAACUCGUGCGAACAUUAUUGUUUACAGUGGCUGGUGAAUGCGCGACAUUAUGCAUUCUGGUAUUAUUAUGGAUAGCACUUAGGCCGUUUUUAGUAGUUCAACUGACUGGCUAGAAUCAGUUACAACUCUCCUGUUAGACAAGUUCAUGUUUGGAGGGAUUUUUACUUUCGAGUGAAAUUUCACGUUUCCAUAAGAAGCCUGUUCAUUUUUAUAUUGACUGGUUUGGCACACUAGUUGUAAGUAAUGGUGAGCCCUUUAGUUUCCAGCGGUAACGUAAUGCUUCAAAUAAGACUGGCGCUAGGAACGUGCCCAGUCUUUCGUUUUUCGUUAGUCGCCUAUAUUCUACAUCUUUUAGGUUUCUGUGAAUACUUGUAAAGUUGAAAAAAAUGUGUUCCGCCUAACGGUUUGACGUCUGUACUUUGAAUGUUGCUCGAGAAUUUCUCCGUUACAUGUACAUGUAUCUGUCCAAGGUCUGAUAGAAGCAAUAGGUUAAUAGGUGCCUUCGGUGACCGCACACUUUACAGCCUUAUAUCUGAGGCCGAGCAGUUAAUUGUUAUUCCUGUCCGAACUUCGACAGAAAUCAUACGUUUGGCUUUGAUACGAAAGCUUCUUUUCCUAGUUACCAACACAUUACUCUAUAUUUGUCCAAUCACAGUUGAGAUGCAUUACUUUGAUUGACAUUGACUGAGUUCAAGAUGGCAAUUCCGGGUGAGGGUUUGCAAAGUUAUUCUAUUAUUGAUAAACCUGAAAUCCUAGAUACUUUGAUUAGUUUCUAUAAACGAAAAUACCACCUGAUAUCGCAAAAAUAAAGAAAAAUUAUGGUAUAGUUGUAAAAACAAGGAGUUGAAGGACUGGGAUCAAUAUCAGUAUCUGGGCAACUGUCCACCUACCCCUCCCCUAACCCAACAUUAUCCUCAACUUGGCAAUUGACUGUUGUUGAAUUAGGGGAGGGGUGGGUGGGCAGUUGCCCAGAUACUGAUAUUGAUCCAAGGACUGUAUAUGCACAUGUGUAAAUUUCCCACAAACGUAGGCAGGUUGUGAAGAGAAAAACAGUUUGAUUUCAAGCUGUCUGAAAUAAAGUUCAAUUAUGUGUUGAA